CAAGAAAAUUAAUUGAAUAGCCAAGUAAAAACAUGGAGAAAAGCAAAACCGCAGCGGAAAAACUAGCGGAGCGCAAGGCGCGCCUCCUCGAGCUGCACAAAAAGCGCCAGGAAGCGCGUACGGAUAAUCACCAGGAAGUUGUGGCAGAAGACGCUCGCAAGAAGCUGCCAAACAACUGGGAGGCCCGCAAGAGACAGGCCGAGUGGCUGCUGGCGGACGACAAGGCGCGAGCUGAGGCACAGGCGGCGGGAAAGGACUAUGAGCGCCUCAAGCUCCUGGAGGUGUCAGCUCUGGAUGCAGAUCGGAUUGAGAAGAAAAAGAAGCGAAAAGAUAAUCCCGAUCUGGGAUUCUCCACCUACGAAGCCCAGACAGCCAGACAAUACACUCGACUCGUUAAGAACAUGCCUGCUCGCGACAUGAACAAAUACGAGAAACAGAAGGCCGAGCUCGGGGACGCCUUCUACGGCGGCCCAAACACAUCAUUGCAUUCACGGACAAAGGACACGCCAGGCGCCAUCAACAACAUGGUUAAAGACCUGGAGCAGCAAAUCGAGCGACGCAAGAAGUACUCACGACGACGCAUCUACAACGACGAUGCCGAUGUAGAUUUCAUCAACGAACGCAACUCGAAGUUCAACAAGAAGCUCGAUCGGUUCUACAGCGAGCACACGGCGGAGAUCAAGCAGAAUCUGGAGCGCGGAACAGCCAUCUAGACGUCUUAGUUAUAAUAUUUCUAUAGCAUGUAAUUUUAAGUUUUGCAGUGUACCUAAUUUUCUUCAUCUACGUACAUUUUUAUUAAAAGCAAGUUGGCAGUUCUGCUACACAAAUGCUUCAAACCUGUGGGAAUAAUGCAACAAUUUAGCUCGCGGGAAAAGUACUUGAUCUCCAACACCCUCAACUGCUGGCCAGUGAUGCUCCAAGGCCACUCAGUGCUCAUAGAUCUACACAAUGAAACCUCGGUGGCAGGAGUAAUCGACAUAGCCGACGGGCACAUGACCUGCGAACUUUCGAACGCCGUUUUCAUCGAUCGAAAUGGUGGCCAGCAUCCAUUCGAUCACUUCAUGGUGCGCAACCGGAUGAUCCGGCAAAUUCACAUUCCUACGCAUAUCGACGUGGAGCAAGAACUGCGACAGGCCAUGGAACGGGGAGUCCUUCGGAAGGAGCGAGUGAAACCAAAGACCGGAAAACGAACGUUUAAGCAGAAACGAGCGGAGAUGAGACACAUGGAAACGCUUCAGAUGAUGUCGCAGCAAUGGGAUGCGGACAAAAAGGAACCAGAGAAAUAAACUUAUCUACAUAUGUAUACCACAUAAGCACAUCUUUAUUUAUUUCAGGGAAAUACAAACUUAGUUUGAUUGCA